AUGACAGCAAAGCUAGUUUUAUUAUUUUUAUUUUUUACAAUUGUUAUUUUUGUAAAUUCUAAUGAAUGUGAUUCUCGUUGUGAUUGUGACCAAGUAGCACAGGGUUGCCCCGGUCCUCGAUUUUGUAUGAAACCGGAUCCAGAUUGUUGUGCAAAUUUUAUUCAAUGUAAUGAUGCAGGAUUGGUAUAUGUAUUAACAUGUCAAGAUGGUUUAUAUUACAGUGACAUUACACUUCAAUAUUUAAAUAAUAUAUUGUUAAGAAGAUUCUACAAUAUCAAUAUUAUUGGCACUUGUAUUACGAAUCAAUCAAAGUUAUGUUCAAAUAGUUUAAGAUUGACAACAACAUCAUCAUCAUCAUCAGUAAGAACCUAUUAUACACUCUGUAUUGAUUCAUGUGCUAAAAAAGGUGGUGGUGGUGGCGGUAAGAAUGACAAAAAAGAGAAAGAUGUAGCUUAUGACUCUGUGAAGGAUGCCGAUCUCAACACUAUGAAGUCAUCGUGCGAUGCCACCGUCGACUUUCUUCGUAGAGGAUUCGGUAAUAUCCGUUGUGGAAGAACCGGACCUGAACUUCUUGAUCUCAUCACCGUAGAGACACCGAACGGUCCAAUGUCAACAGCAUAA